AUGAGUCCAGAAAAUUCGUUAGCUUUGUGGAAAGAGGCUCGAGUGAUGCAAAUGUACGACCAUCCGAACGUUGUCCGGAUGUAUGGAGUAGCUAAUGAUACAGAGCCGUUCUACCUAGUCAUGGAGUUGGUUUUGGGCGGAGCUCUUAACGAUUAUCUCAAGAAAAAAGGCAGAACCGCCAGAACUUCGCGAAGAACGCAGGUGAGGCUUUCAUAA